AUGGAUCUAAACUAUACGACCAUUGACGCCCGCGGGGACAUGCUCCUCGUGGUCGAAACGGAUGGCGAGCAGAUGUAUACGCGCCUGACACGAUUCAAUCCCACCCACCGCACAACCCGGUCUGUUCCAACCUACUUCCAGGGAAUUGUCGACACUAUCAGCAAAUUCCCCCGGCGGAGCAGUGCCCCAGCUCCACCCGAGCAUGAACUGAUCGGCUCCAACCCUGGACAGCAAGCCACUAACAAUGUCUCUCAGAACCGCACCGUGAAGGCCAGAAUCAGAAUAUCUUCGGAUCAACUCGCCCAUACCUGCCCUUACUUCCAGAAGAAGAUCAACAGCGAGGACAGAUUCAAAGAAGUCGAUGCUCUUCCUCCUCGAUUCAACAACCUUGGUGCUUUGCUCGUCCUGCUUAAUGCCGUUCAUGGUCGCGCCCCAAAUGUCCCACGCCAUGUUACCCCAGACACCCUGUGCAUGAUUGCUCUCCUGACUGAACACUUCGGAUGUUACAAUAACAUGAUGGCUUACAGUGAAACCUGGGUCAUAAAUAUGUCUGAUUCGAUUCCUAAGGCAUACGACAAUGAUGUGGUCAAGUGGAUUUACAUCGCCUGGGUGUUCCGUCAUCGUAGUCUCUUCUGGUACAUCACUCGUGUCGCUAUUCGAGGAAGUACCGGGGAAAUUUUGAAACAAGGACUUCCGAUUCCUGAUUUGUUGCUCGAGCACAUCGAUAACCUUCGUCAGAAGCACGUCGACACCCUCGUCAUCUCGCUCUACCAGCGCAUGGAAUCCAUUCUUGAGGAAGGCGGCUGCUGUGCGGCCUGUGACGCCAUGGUCGUUGGCCAGUUGAUGACAGAGAUGAAGCCCAGGGAUCUUUUUCCGCCACCCCAGGCCCCAUAUGAGGGAUGGAGCAUCGAUUAUCUGCUGCGAAUCCUUUCAGACGUGACCGAGCCUCAAUGCACGCGCUUAUUCCAUGAGGACUUGGGUUGUCCCCGGGGUCCCUGUGCAUUGUUUCCGGAGACUAGUGUUCUCAUGAAGCAGGUUGAUGUGGAAGCGACCGGUCUGGACUACGACUGGGUGGUUAGCGGCAUUUGACGGGCGCUGCUUUGGUUUAGGCUCAUGGGUGGGCAUUAACAUGGAGUUUUCUUUUUUCUUUUAU